AUGGACCAUAAACCCUUUUUGGACCCUAAACCCUUCUUGGACCCUAAACCCUUCUUGGACCCUAAGCCCUUUUUGGAUCUAAACCCUUCUUGGACCCUAAAUCCUUCCUGGACCCUAAUUUCUUUUUGUAGCUACCCUAAACCUUUUUUGGACCCCAAACCCUUCUAUGACGUUAAACCUUUUUUCGACCCAAAACCCUUCUUGGACCCUAAACCUAUUUUGAACCCUAAACCCUUCCUGGACCCUAAACCCUCCUUGGACCUAAACCCUCCUUGGACCCUAAACCCUUCUUGGACACCAAACAGUCCGUGGGAUCAGAGUCAUUCCAGGUCCGUAAGAUCUGAGUCAUUCCAGGACCUGGCGGUGAUGUCCCGCGACGCAGACCACAGCGCGACGUUCGUGUGUCAGCGCUACGCAGGCUCGGCAGUCUGCGCCUUCGUCGCGCUCUUUGCCUUCAUGAGCCCCAUCCUGAUGGUGCUGGUGCCCCGACUGCCGGCGCUUCAGCUGAAGCGUGAUCAGCUUCAAUGUGACGCUGAGUGUGAUGGUCUUCUCAUCAGCUUCUCGUUCAAGCUUCUCAUUCUCCUCAUCGCCUCGUGGGCUGUCUUUUUCAGGCAGCCUAAGGCCACGAUGCCACGUAUCUUCAUCUACCGCGCACUCAUCUCGCUCCUCGUGUUCGUCUUCACAUUCUCCUACUGGCUGUUCUACGUCGUCAGGGUCAUGGAGGAUCUGGAACAGGUGCAGUACCGCAGUGUGGUGCAGUUCUCACUAAGUCUCGUGAUGUUACAGGUGCAGUACCGCAGUGUGGUGCAGUUCUCACUAAGUCUCGUAGAUGCUCUUCUCUUCAUUCAAUACUUAGCAGUUGUGCUGCUGGAGCUUCGUCAUCUCUCGCCUCAAUAUUGCAUCAAAGUUCUACGCUCACCGGAUGGGCAUAGCUGUUGGUACAACAUCGGGCAACUAAGCGUACAGCGAGCGGCCGCCUGGGUGCUGGAGAGAUACUACCAAGACUUCCCCAUCUACAAUCCCUACCUCGACCGCAUCCCCAUGAGGAAGAAGUCCAAUAACGCGAACUCUUCUUCAUUUAAAUACUACGAUGUUGAUGGUUCAGUGACCGGGGCUGAGGGCCAGACGCGCGCGAUGCUCACAGCCAACGCGCGUCGGCGCGACUCUGCGCACAACGAGCGCUUCUACGAGGAGCACGAGUACGAGCGCCGCGUCAGGAAGCGACGCGCACGACUGCUUACCGCCGCCGAGGAGGCCUUCACGCACAUCAAGCGCAUGCACGAGGAACAUGGUCCUUCUGCACCCAUGAACCCCCAGGAAGCAGCGCAGUCCAUAUUCCCAGGUCUAGCUCGAGCUCUUCAGAAGUACCUGAGAGUGACGCGCCAACAGCCGCGCCACAGCAUGGAUGCCAUCCUCAGCCACCUGGCCCUCUGCCUCCAGCAUGACAUGAGUCCUAGGGCCUUCCUGGAGAAGUAUCUACAGCCUACGCCCAUACUGCAGAACGACCAAGAGCAUCGGGGCGUUCAGUCGUGGGGGUUGGUGUGCGAGCAGCUGUUGUCCCGACCCAUCAAAGCAGGCACGGUCUUCCAGCUCCGACAGAACGACGUGUCGUUGCUGUGUUGUGUGCAGCCCUUGCCACACUACAAUAUUAGUGAAGAAAUUAUCCAUCCCAAGAGCAACAAGUUCGUCCUCAGACUUAACUCUGAAACCAGUGUCUAGAGCGAAGUGAAUAUUAAGGAACAUUUUUGCCCCUGUGACUAGAACGAAAUGAAUAUUAAGGUGAAAAUUUUUGCCUCAGUGUAUAAAGCGAAAUGAACAUUAAAGCGGAAUGUUUGCCCCUGUGUCUAAAA